AUGUGUAUAAAUCCAGGUGUGCCCGGAACAGGCAAUGUUAUUCCCCCAGUGAUACUUGAAGCAACUAGUUCGAUGACGACUGCCGUGCGCCGUCAAAUUUACGUAGUGCUGACUGGCGCGCUACUCAUUGUAAUCAAUUUUAAAGAAGCUGAUUCUUUCGCUAUUCCGAGUGAUGGAGUCGGUGGAUUUGAGUCUCACGAAAGUCGUGAGCUGUUCCCAUCCGCAGAAGAUCAUCUGAGAAGGGUCGCCCCUCAACGUCCGGCCACUAACAGACACGUCGUUUCCAGGCAUUCCGACGAAGAUGAUGAUUCAUCAGAGUUCCACAUUGCUGUUGGCGCUGCUGCACCGGCUGUUGCCCGUAAGCCGACGAUGCGUACUGUUAACCAAGCGGCUCGAGCUCCAACGGCCAAUGUCCGGCAUCCGGUCGCCUUCCAUUCCGACGAAGACGACGAUCUGUCCGACGAAGUAAGAUCCAUUGCUCGUAUUUUCGGUCCUAAUAAGCAGGCUGUAUCAACUCAAACGACGCCGAAUGCCGGAAGCCAAGCAGGCCAGAGGAUUGCCAAGCAUCCGGACGAGCGUCUAAUUGUUUCCGCGCAACCGGGCAAACAGGUUAUUAUCCGAACUGGCACGACUCCCGUCAGCGUUCAAAGCGCGCCGAUCCACAAGGCCAUGUUCAGACAUUCUGACGAACGUGACGAUGACUCUGAUGAAAUCGUGUCGAGAAUUCUGGUUUCGAACAAGCCCUCCAUUCAGAGUGUUCCAGCACUAACGGCCAAUCGGGCUGGCCUUGGUCAAACGACUAAUCCUCAACCAGCUGCCAUUGAUCGGCUGCGCUCUGGCGGUCACGCUCAUUUGCCAUGGAGAGAACACGGUGACGACAUUGAGGUUCAAAUUGACCCCAUCACGAAACAGGUGGUUAACAUCCGAGCCGAACAGAAAGACUCGGUCGAACACGACGAUUUGUUUUCCGACGAAGUCAUAAGGUCCCGCAUCGCCUCAUCGCUUACACCGGCCUUAAAAGCUAAUCCGAUCCAAUUAAACGCUGCAAUUCAAACACCAAUUAACGGACGUCUGCUAUCCCAGCAAACAUUUGACACUAGGGCGCGCGUUUCGAACCCACAAAACGUUCAAAUCCGACCGGAAACACUUGGAUCUGGUCGGGCCGUCGUCGGACGCCUCGUAAUCGAUCAUUCCGACGAAGUCGAUGAUCAUUCUCUGGAAAUCCAUCACGUCCGGUCUGGAAUGCCAACACAGGCCGGUGCCCCUGGUGUAGGCAUGCCUGCCAAUCGGUCAACGGAUGUGCUACAUCUUUUCAGCGAUUCAAGCGAACACGAUGUCUCGUUAGAGGACGUGAUCCACAGUCGCUUAGGAAACGGCCAAACGCGAACAACUCCAGCAGUUCAUCGCGGCGUUCCAAUUGAUUCUGACGAACGAGAUCUGUCAUCGGAAGUGGUGAGAAGAAUUCUCAAUCAACAAAACGGCCGAAACUCAACGAGAUCUUCAAGCCAAGGCGUUCACCUCGUCAGCUAUUCUGACGAACGUGACGACACGUCGGUGGAAGUGAUUUUGCAUGUCCGGAACGGAACGGCAACGGUCCAGAGAAUGCCUUUGAUGAGGCAUUCCGACGAACGUGACGACAUGUCUGACGAAAGGGUGGGAAUCGGUCGCAGUCUCCGAAAUGGGCCAACAGGCCAGCAGGCGGUACGUGUCAUGUCACGACAAUCGCACGAGCGUGAUGAUUCCAUGGAAAUGAUCGGCCUCGUGCGGAAGACAGCUGUUACGCCUGCCGAAACAACGGUGGUCGGCGGUCAUAUAAUUAGACACUCUGACGAAAUCGAUGACGAUUCUUUAGAAGUUCACCAUGUCGGACGUCAACGGCCACCUACCGUUGGUGGCCUUCUUCCAACAGCAGCUCGUGUGGGACAUCAUUUAAGACACUCCGAUGAACACGACGUCUCCAUAGAAGACGUGAUUGGCAUCCGCAAUCGGCCUCUGAAUGGUCGCAUCCAAGCAGCGCCAGUCCAAGCAGGUGGUCGCAUUUCAAAAGACUCUGAUGAACACGAUGACUCUAUGGAAAGGGUAGGGCGCCUUCUCAACCACCAAGGCCGUCAAAUCAAUACGACCGUACAUCUUAACCGCGAUUCCGAUGAGCACGAAGACCUGUCCUUGGAAGUCGACUUUAGUUUACUUCCGGAAAUCCAGCGGCUUUUCGCAGACGUGAGAACGGACGCGGUGGCCGCACCAGCAUCAGCUGUUCAGAACGAGGGAGUAGGGGCAUCGGUGGCUGGAAGAAGCCAUGAAAAUCAGGCCGUUCGGAAAGCUGUCGAAAUGGAUGUUUCGCUCGAGUUGGAAGACAUCCUAGCCAAUCCGCUGUUCCAGCGAAAGAUUCAAGAAAUCGACGACCGUUUGAAAUCGGUGCCGGACGCCAGGGGCAAGCGUCUCAUUGAGAAAUACGCCGAAGCUCUUGCUCUGUCCUCUCCAUCGUUCAACGCAGCACCAGCCCCAAUUCAAUCGUCUUUUUACCUUCCGCUUUUAUUCGCUUGUCUUUUGGUCUGGUUUUCGUAGACGACCUUCUUUUUUAUUUCCUUUCGUUCUAUAACCAAUUUAACCAGUUAACUAUAUAGGGAUAUCAUCUUGGCCAGCUUUCAAUCCCUGUAACCAUUGGGUGUGGUGAUUGCGGUAUGUAGCCUUCUUCUUUUUCUCUUGUUCCAGCAAGAAAGCUAAAUACAGUUUUAGCUAUGCAACUCGUUUCAUCUUAAACAAGUGUUUCUUGCUAUUGGAUUCACGGUCUAUUAUGUGUGUGUGUGUGUGUGUAGAAAUUAACAGCCAAACUUUAGUGCUGAAAAAAAACACCAGACUCAGCGAUAAACCACCGACUGUUAUAGGAAGGGCCAUGUAUAACGGUGAUGAUUUGUUUUUCGUUUCUAAUUAAAAAAGUAAUACUAGUUUAAUAUUCAAGGUAUAGCGGAUGACGUUUCCAGCCACGAUAACCAAUUCCUGGAAGAUGGGAAAUUUAAAAGGACAAAGAAAAGAGAGAAAAAAAACAAACAAAACAAACAUUUACAUGACGUCGAUGGCAAAGUUAGUCAAUGGUGUAAACUUGCCCGCUCUCAACAGCGAUCGUCAACAAUUGGUUAUUGAAUAAUUGAAAAUUUGUUUCCCCCCCUUGAAAUUGAAAGAAUGAUGCACACGUUUCGUUUCUCUUGCAAACUUGUUUCGCAAUCUCCUUUUGGCAAAAAAUAUAUUCGUCCAUCAAA